AUGGAGACCAUGCCUGCCACGGCUUCCGAAGCCAUUGUAAAAAUCGUUUUGAUCAGAAUCUCCGUCGCCCAGAUCGAAAUGGCAGCGGCCGACCAGGCAGGCAGCAUGCGGAAAAAAGCGGUGGCCGACGCCAAGCGGAGGCGGAGUCGACGGAUGCCUGCGGCAGAGGUAGAAAAGGCGCGCGGACCCGACCGUCGACUCGCAGUCGCGAUUCCUCUGUUAAUUGACAAGAUGCGAGCCGUGCUUUGCGUCGUCGCACUUCUUGCAGCACCCGCGUCCGCGUGCAUCGGAGGCCUCGGCGGUGGCGGCUCCGGCUGCUGUCCGCCGAGCCAGCCGUCUUGCGGCGCUGCUGUUCCUCCUUGCUCCAGUUCCAGGUACUUUUUGUCGUUAUAUUACCUGUUUUUUUUAUUUAUUUUAAUUUUUUUCUUCUCUGUGCUGUACUCUGUUCACUGUUAGCUUGAGAUUGGCAAAACAGUUUUGAAACUCCUUUUUGGGGCACAAAAAUUUUUCCCAGAUAAAUUUUGUUCCAAGCCAACUCAUCAAAUCUUCAAACUAAGUCAUUAUUUGUGUUCAUACGUCCAAACGAUCUCGAGAAGACCUUAAAACAAGAGUCUAAAGCUUUUUUUGAGUUCCUAAAGUGUCCAAAGUUUCUCGGAAUCUCCUUUUUUUCCGCCUUUUCUUUUUGACUUUUUCAAAAGGUCUUCAGGUCCUUUUUGAGACUUUUUAAAAUUUUCCCGUGGAGAAGCAAGUUUUUUUUCCCACUUUUUGGAGUUCCUAAAAACGAACCAAUGUUUUUGAAUCUUGUAGAGACCAAUAAAUCAUUUUCUAAGGGUUUAUAAUCUCCUUUAACAAAAAUACACUUUUUUUCUUCUUAUCGCAAAUAAUCCGAAUGAGAACUUUGUAAUCAAACUGAAAAAUGUACCGAGAAAAAUUUUAAUUUUGUCACCUUUUUUUAGGUUUUUUUAUUCAUUGAUUGACUUUCUAACGCUUUGCGCCUUCGUCAGGAAUCUAUAAUUUAUUUUUUUCUAAGCCCUAAUCAUUAAUUGAGGUUCUUACUGCCAUCAGAACACUCAAUUUCCGCCAGAAACCUUUUUAAAUUGAAAGUGGAGUCCAUAUAGGGCUAAAAACAUUGAUGAAUUAUGUUUGAAAUAACAAUUUUUUUAAUCUCUCUUAUACCAUUUUAUUUUUCAACAAUCUUUUCCAUUAUUCAAGAUUUUGGCGGCUAGGAAGAACGAAAAAAUCUUUUUCUGCCUUUCAAGUUCUUUCUUGCGACUUUCCUUUCAAGAAGAAAGAUCGCCAUAAAUGCGCUUAAUCGAGUCCAAACCGCAGUCAAUUGCUUGACGAUGAUCAUCUCUAGAAUUGAUCCCAAUCUUGCAUUGUACUAUGUGUUCGGCCGAAAACCCCUCGAAAUGCCCCCUUGUAAGGAAGAAAUCCGGUUGUCGUGCGAGAACAAGGAGAAAGACGCCAACCCUUAACCACAAAAGAAACACUGUGUACACGUCGUUUACCCAAUUACACGCCAGCCCCGACGGCAGAUCUCUUUUGGGAGGCUUUUCCAAGUCGUAUCCGCCCUUCCCUGUCCUUUCUCUGUUCUGACCGGGCUGACGGUCCCCUAAAGCGGUUCCCGGAGUCCCCCACUCUGAUUAGGUAUUCGAUUGAAAUCGAGAAAACUUGCAGCUAUGGCGGCGGCGGUGGCGGAGGCUACGCUGCCGCGCCGGUCUUGCCCGCACCGAUCGCACCUCCACCGCCACCUCCACCAGCGCCCAUCGGCGGCUACGGCGGUGGACCAAUCGGAGGUGGAUCCUAUGCUGGAGCUGAAGGCAUCAGCCAGCCUAUCGGAGGAGGAUCGUACGCUGGAGCCGGACAGAUUGGCGGAGCUUCCUAUUCUUCUGUAGGCGGCGCUGGACCAGUGAGUUUAUUUUUUUGGUCCCUUAUGUUCUAUUUGUUUUCAAGUUAUAUGUACACAGUUCCUCCAGAUCGUUUGAUAAACAUCUAACAAGAUCUUUUAUAGGUUGGAGCUGGCGGACCAUAUGCCUCACCUCCACUUUCGGCACCAUUCGAAGUUCAACCCCAGGUUGCAUCUUAUCAGACUGGUGGUGCCCAAGAAGCUUUCGGAGGUUCGCAAGGAGGAUCUUAUGCUGGAGCCGGAAACGCGGCUAUCGGAGGAGCUCAAGGAGGUUCUUACGCUGGAGCCAGUAACGCUGGUAUUGGAGCAGCUCAAGGAGGAUCUUACGCUGGGGCUGAGAAUGCCGCUAUUGGAGGAACCCAAGGAGGAUCUUACGCUGGAGCCGGUAACGCUGGUAUUGGAGGAGCUCAAGGAGGUUCUUAUGCUGGAAGCCAAGGAGGAUCUUACGCUGGAGCCGGAAACGCUGCUGUCGGAGGAGCUCAAGGAGGAUCUUACGCUGGAGCUGGAAACGCCGCUAUCGGAGGAGCUCAAGGAGGUUCCUACGCUGGAGCCGGAAACGCUGCUGUCGGUGGAGCUCAAGGAGGAUCUUAUUCUGGAAGCCAAGGCGGAUCUUACGCUGGAGCUGGCAACGCCGCCGUCGGUGGUGCGCAGGGAGGAGCCUACCAGUCUGGACCCACUGGAGGAGCCACAUACCAGUCUGUCGGAGCUGAACAAACUUCUCAAAGCGCUUCCGGAACGUACCAGCAAGGACCUAGCUUGCCAGCAGUUGGUGGCGGUGAGACCGUCGCACAGGGAAGCUACAACCAAGGAAACGCUCCGCAGCCAGCCACCGAGACCGUCUCUGAAACCGUUGCUGAGACUGUUGCCGAGACCCCAGCGCCAGCUGCUCCAGCUCCUGAAGAAACCCACGAAGAGACUCACGAAGAGACGCACGAAGAGCAGCCCGCUGAGCCUCAGCCAGCCGCCGAAGAGCACGAGGAAACCCAAACGGAGACUAAAUCCGAGGAAACCGCUCCAGCCGAAACCACUGCCCCGGCCAAAGGUUUUUUUUUCUUUAAAAUUUUGUUUCAAAAUGAAGGGUGAUGAAGAUAAUGGAAGACCAUCAGAACAAAUUUUCGAAUGUCUAAAACUUAUCUGUGUAACUUUGUUCAGUCCUACUAGACAAUUAUAAGUCAAAAAAAAAAUUUCCAAGUUCUCCAGGUAAACUUCUAAUGGCGAUUUUGUAUGACACGGAACGUGCAAAAUGGGAAUUUUUUUGGCGAUUUUAUAAAAAUUAUUUUAAAAUAUCCCCUCAAAAAAAAAUUCAAGACUUGAUGAAUAUUUCAGAGGAGAGCACUUACGACGACAUCGUCGAAGAACAGCCAGCCGCCACCGGAUCCGCAUCUUCGACCGACCAGGCUGCUGUGAGUCCGGCAAAGUCUUCUGAAAACAAAUCCAAGUGUAGGAGUCCAACGACGCCGCCGAGUACAGCGACGACGAAGCUGCCGACGAGGGCAACUGCGACGACCCAGAGCUCAAGGCCAUCGUCGAAGCCGCCUUGAAAUCGGAGAAGGUCCGCACUUUUAGCCUUUGAGCUGAGAUUUUCCGACUCUUCUCUCCCAAAAUAGCCUUUUUCUCCUUCCGCGUUCUCAUCAAAAAGAAAGCAAGUCCGCGCACCUGACUGCCGUCUGCGAUUAGCCCAUUACACGGAAAACAACCGGGUUGCAGGACAACCUGGAGGCCGCGCGAAAGAUCGAAGGAGACGCUUCCGCCAAAUUCGGCGGCCGCUUCAACGCCAUCGUCUCCGACGCCGAGUUCGCCUACGUUAACUGGUCAGUUUUUUAGAACAAUCAACAAAUUUGGCACAACUCUUCGCUUAAAAAAUGACGCGAUUGUUGAGAAUACUACUUUUGAUAUACUCAGGAGCUCCAGAAUGGUCCCUAUAGGGGUUCAGUUAGUAGCCAAGCCCUAUAGGGCCGAAUAAAGCUUGCAAAAGUGGUCCCUCUAGGGUCCUUCUAUGAACUCUAUGCGAAGAAGCAUUUCCAUGGGAAAACUAUAAAAACCUUUUUUGAAUAAAAUUUAACGACUCCUUUACGUUCCACUUGAGCUUUAGGGGCUAAGGGGCAAGAAUCUAACCCCUAUAGGGACCCCCUAUAUUUUACCCCUAUCUUGACAACUUUUUCGGCCUCUUUAGGGUUUUCUUUUACCGCAAACCUCUAUAGGAACCACUCUGGUAUUCCUAUGUUAGAAAACUGUUUUUAUGCUGAGUUUUGGUGGCGACGGAAUAUACAAUCAUUAGGAAAAAAAUAAUUUGGUCUGUGAUUUUUCAAAAAAUCUGAAAAAAAAAAAUAAAGAUAACCCUGAUCGACUGAAAACAAUAUGAUAAUCAAAACGAAAAUACAUAAUUUCGAAAAAAUCAACCUUAAUUCAUAUUUUCAGGUACGGAAAGCGCAACUGCCAACUCAGAUACGAGAACCGCCACUCGCUGACCUGGGAGGACUAA